AUGCUUCCUCGUCCAUUGCCCCAAGGUCAACGACUUGAUCUUGUAAGCUUCCUAGCUCAAGACCCAUUGCCAGCUUCGAUUUCUCAAAUUGCAUCUGAAAUUCAAUUCUUGAGAGAAUGCCCUCAAGUAACUACUAACAAGAGAAAGGCCAAGAUGGUUCGUCCUGCGUUCGAAUCGGAUAAUUCUGGUGAAUCCGCAGCACUCAGCUCCUUCGGUGUUCCAUUAUCAACCACUUCCAAUCGCAAUGGUCGCGUCAAUCGCUGGGGAACUAGAGUCAACGAUGCGAAUGGACAAUAUCCUGGAUUAGGAAAAAUGAUUGUCACUAUGUUAUCUCUCUACCUGAUUACGCUGAUUGUAGCUCUUGAUCGAACAAUUCUUAGUACUGCUAUCCCAGCUAUCACCAAUGAGUUUAACACACUUGAAGAUAUCGGAUGGUAUGCUUCUGCAUAUCUUUUAACAAGCUGUGCUACUCAAUUGGUUUUCGGAAAAAUCUAUAAGUUCUACAACUAUAAAUGGGUUCUGAUGAUCGCAGUUAUUAUUUUUGAGGUUGGGUCUGCUGUAUGUGGCUCCGCCUCAAGCUCUAAGGUUUUUAUAUUCGGUAGAGCAAUUGCUGGCCUAGGUUCUUCGGGUAUCCUCAAUGGAGCUAUAAUAAUCCUGAACGAAACCGUGCCACUUCAUCGUCGCCCUAUUUUCAUGAGUUUAUUAUGGUGUAUGUUCGCUAUCGCCACAGUAUGUGGACCUUUAAUUGGAGGCGUCUUCACCGAAAAAGCCACUUGGAGAUGGUGCUUCUACAUCAACCUGCCAGUGGGCGGAGCUGCUGUAUUCAUUCUACUCUUCGUUGUCGAAGGAAAAUCUAGGGAAAAUACGGACACUUUUCUCCAAAAGCUUCGAAGAAUGGAUCCCAUCGGAACACUCGUCUUCUUUGCAGGUAUCGUUUGCAUACUUCUAGCAUUGCAAUUUGGAGGCAAUCUAUACAGCUUGGGUGAUACAAGAAGCAUCCUCCUCUUCAUUUUGGGUGGCAUUUUACUCAUAACAUUCGUCACGAUCCAAUUUACGUCCGGAGAUGAUGCAACAGUGCCAAUUCGAAUUAUCAAGCAAAGAUCUGUUGCUUCGGUAGCAUGGUUUUCUUUUUUAAACUCAUGUUCUUUCUAUCUUGUUGUCUACUACAUUCCAAUCUGGUUCCAAGCUGUUCAAGGUCUUGACGCAUUCGGUUCUGGUCUUCAUACACUCCCAUUGGUCUUAGCUCUGGUCUUUGCCACCCUAUUCGCGGCAAUAUUCCAAAGAUCCAUUGGCUACUAUGUUCCAAUGAUUGUUGUAUCAUCAAUCAUCGCACCGGUUGGCGCAGGACUUCUCACCACAUUACAAGUAAAUAGUGGACCAAAAGAAUGGAUGAGUUGGCCAGUUGUCUUUGGAUCGGGUCUCGGUUUAGGUAUACAGCAGAUCAGUUUAGCAGUUCAAGCAUCUCUUCCAGAUGAUGAUAUAUCAAUUGGUCUUGCACUUAUACCUUUCUUCCAAACUCUUGGGGAUACGAUUUUCGUCACCAUUGGUCAAGCCAUCUUCUCUCAUGAAUUGGUCAAAAAUCUUUCGGCUCUCAAUCUUCCCUCCUUACCAACCUCACUUAUCUUACACACGGGUGCUACAGAACUUCGAACUCUCAUUCCAGCGCAAUAUCUUCCAGAGGUUUUGUUAGCAUAUAACGCAGCUAUCAUGAAGGUUUUUCUUUUGGCUAUUAUCACAAGUGCUCUUACGGUUUUUACGGGUCUAACUUUGGAAUGGAAGAAUGUUAAUCAAGUCAAGAAAAACUUUGAAGUUACAAGACGAUCGAUUUAUCAAUAUCAUGGUGAAGGAGACUGUCCAUUUCCUUUGUAUGAUGCUAGCAGUUCUGAACACGUACAGCUUGGACUUGUUGAUACACAGAGCAAGCCUAUCAUGGAAACAAAACUUGGCAGUGAUCUUCAAAAACAAUUGGAAACUAUUAGGGAGGAGCGGGAAAAGUCUAGCUCUGCUGAGACUAAUCCUCAUGUUAUCAAAGCUUCUACCUAUACAAAGACUACUACUGUAGUUGAUGUUUCAGAGAAGAAUGAGGAUGAGAUUGAAGUUGUGGGAUGA